AUGAGAGCAUUGGAAGACGAGGUGUACAUUGGCGAUAGGCUGGAGUUCAACCGUGUCAUGUACUCACAUUGGGGUAUAUACGUCGGUGAGUACGAGAACGAGAAACACGCUGUCAUCCAUUUCGGUAUGUUCGAAGGAGGGGCGGCAUUCUCCAAAAAGAAGAUAUCAGGCAGUGCGUCAUCUGCCAGUCGAAAGCCCGAGAUACGAGCUGAUCCCAUUCGGAAGGUGCUCGGCAAUUUUGGCUUGGUGAGAAUCAACAACAUAAGAGACAAAAUAGUAAAGUGUCUGGAUCUGGGCGUCAUCAUCAGAGUGGCAACGGAAAUGCAUCGAGACGAAAAGCCGAUUAAUUACAACCUUUUCGAAAGAAACUGCGAGCAUUUCGUGAACCUUUGUCGAUACGGCAAAGCCCACAGUGAACAGGUUGAUGCAGGAAAAGAAACGCUUUUAACAGCCAUUUGGCCUACUACUCGUAUGAUUUGUUCGAUCAUACACGGGCACUCAUAA